AUGACAGUAAUUUUAUGGCCGUGUCUCAUUAUUCUUUUUCGAGUCGCGUGUGUCCGUGCAUUAGAGCUCAGAGACGGCUCUAAUGAACUAUCAGAGGAUAUUGUAAAUAAUCCUUUUGCGGCAUGGCAAUCAAAGAUAAAAAUGUCCUCGAAUAGCAUACUAAAUUCGGAUCUGUUGACGGAAUGGACUCCGGUCAAAUCUGUCAUAUACCCAGGAAAAAGGGACUAUUUCAAUUUCGAAGUGAACUCGAGUUCCUCCGCCUUCACCUCUGGGUAUGAAAUGCUAAUCUUCCUUAGUGGAAACAUCUGCUCGCAAACGGGGCUUAACAACUCACAAGCUGGACUCAGAGUCUCGCACGGCUUCAAUGACUCAGUUGUAAAUCAUCCAGGGACUGGCCACACUGCCAACUUUUCAGAUGGGUAUAUGGAGGGCCUAGCAAUAAGGCCGCUAAAGGAUGGGAACGCAUCCACCGAAUACUCUACUCUUUACUUGGUGGUUGAAAUGGUGAACACCACGACAGGUGAAAUAUUGGGCGCCGAAUUGGAGCCUAACACUUUCUGGAACUAUACCAUCAGUGUCUCGCAAAACGAUUUGGUAUAUCAAUGGGAUGCACGUACAUGGCUGGAUGUUGUGGAUACUGACUACAACUCUGCGCUUUUGGUCACUGGUAAUGUAACUGGGAGCUCACCAGGAUCAUCUAAUUAUUCGAUUUUUGACACGAGUCUUUACGACUUAUAUGUCUAUUCCUAUGACUAUAUGGAUUAUUUCGAUGACGGUGUCAAGAACUCCAUUUGCGCAAUUCAAAAUGGGCCUUGGCAGGCAUCGUCUGUCAAUGGAACUACCUCUUCGCAAAACACCGAGGAUUUAAGCAUUACUGAUCUUACCAUCGUGAAAAACAUUACUAUUAGAGGUGGGUCUGUCAAGGAACAGUUUUAUAUUACAGGUCUAAACAGCUCUACCACCUACGUCGCUUAUCUCACCAAAAAGUUAUCAAGCUCUGGUGGCAAACUCAGCGACUACGGUGGCAUUCUAUUCUCCAAGAGCACUUUUACAACCAUGAGCAACAACUCGUGCUCUCUCAUCUUCAAUUUGGAUUUCUGCGAUGGUGUAGCUUAUUCGGUUCCAACCUCAAGUUAUUCACCCAACAAUAAAUCCGCAAUUGCUCAAAGUUACGACGGCAUCGCAAGUUCUCUCUACGGUAAUUUCAGCAAAGCACUUCAAAUUAUACCGUGCGACUCAGAGGAAGAUGCACGGUACUCACCUUUAAAAACGUGCCAAGAUUGCGAUAAUGCUUAUAGAAAUUGGCUUUGUGCCGUGAGCAUUCCGAGGUGUACAACAGAAAACACAAGUUACUACAUUCCUCGGACGAAGGAAGAUAAUAGAAACGACUACAUCAAUGAAAACAUUAGGCCAAUCAGCAGUUAUUACGAAGUUCUUCCAUGCAUUGAUAUGUGCUAUACUUUGGUAGCAGACUGUCCUGCCGCUUUCGGAUUUGCGUGUCCGAGUUCUGACCAUCAUCCGCAACUAUUCUAUCAGAGCUACAAUUUCUAUGAGAAGGAAGAAUCUUUUGAUAGCUGUAACUUUGUGGGUAAUUCGGAAAAUCUGCGAAUUUUGUAG